AUGUUCUUUUCCUUCCAAUGGGCUCGCUCAUCAUUCUUACUUUCUCAGUUUCAUGUUUCUUAUCUUCUUUUCAGUUGUUUUCCUAAAGCCUUUCUUCUCUUUCUUCAUAUUUCCAUAAAUUCAAAUUUCCAGCGUAGAACUGUUGGUACCCUGCCGCGUCUAUUUUUGCUCUCUCUCUCUCUCUCUCUCUCUCUCUCUCUCUCUCUCUCUCUCUCUCUCUCUCUCUCUCUCUCUCUCUCUCUCUCUCUCUCCCUCAUUUUCUUUUCUCUCUUUUUUUUUCGUUCCUUUUUUACGUUUUCCACAAAUUCUUCGUUUCAUAAAAUUAUCAUCACUUUUUUGUACGCAUUUUCCUUCUAUUUUGCCAGUUUGUACUGUAUUCCCUGCUAUCGAGUCCUAUUCUGUCUUUUUUCUUUUCCAAUAGUUGUCCCUUUCGUAUUUGAUAGUGAGUUUCCUUGUGUGUCAAUCUAUUUAUUUGUGUUUGUCUUUCGUCCAGAGGAACAAUGA